CAGCAUGACUGAGCGUCAGCCGGUUCGGACCCGACCACUUUACAAACACCAAACUAAACCAUAUUCGCGUGAUGUUGUACUUUUUGAACGGCGACGUCAUUUAUCUGGGUGUAAAAUAAAGUUUUAAAACUUCAGACCUGUGUCACGUUCAGAAAUAAAGCGUGUUUUCCUGUGAUUCGGGUGGUACGCUCCGUGGUGUGGGGCUGAGGCGGAGGCGCCUCGGGUGUAGAAAUAAUAGUGUAGAAAGUCACGGACGAGCCGGUUCCAGUCCGGGCUGAGCUCACUGCCACAGUGGGUCUAUUCAGGGCAGAUCUGCACGGGGGGUACUCCUCUGGAGGCUCUGCGGUGGGUUCGUGAGUUCAUGAGUUGUUUUGCUUGUUAAACCGGUACCGUUAGUUUCCAAUGGCCACCGAGUGCAGCGAAGAGGCCGUUUUGCGCUUCAUCAGGGAGCGAGGAGGCAAAGUGACGAACACGGAGCUGAUCCAGCAUUUUAACGCCGUUUUCCCCGAGGACCCGGAGCAGAGGGCUGCGGCUCGGUACCGGUUCAAACAGUGCGUAGACGGCAUUGCUGUCGUGAAGGCUGAGAGUGGAGUUAAAUAUGUUUGCUUGAGGAAAAAGUUCCGAGGUUCCGUGAAGGCGCUCUCAGGCUCACACAGCGGGCAGGUGAGUGACGCACAGGUGGGCGUGGCCCCGCCUCCUGCUGGGGCAGGUGAGCAACAAGCAGCGUCUGGCUCAGGUUACAGAGAGGACAGAGAGGUGACAGCCCUGCAGGGUCCCUCUGCUGCUGACGUUUCUCUGACCAAGGAUCGGUGCAGGGCCCAGGGUCAUGGAUCGGUCUCUGUGGUAGAACAGGUGGAGAGAAGCUCGGCUCACAUGGGAAACGCAGCUCAGAGAGAGACGAGAGGCUCCAGGAAGGAGCCGGCCGGGCCCGACAUACCGCAGAUUUCCGUGACUGUUGCGUCGCCGCUUCCUGUACAGGGACCUGUGUUCAACCUGCCUGAACCUGCACAGACCGGUAGCACGGGACCGUCAGACGCAGACAGCCUGUCUGACAGUGAAGGUACCAGCUCUCCGAGGAGCGGCCGCAGACCCUUCAUCCAGGUGAAGGGGAACCCCUCUCCGAGGCUGAGGCGCAGCUCGGUUCUGCGCCCCUCAGGCAGCCGGCCGUCCAGCGAGGCGGACUCGGCCUCCCCGGUGCCGAGCCUGGACGAGGACAGGCCCGCUGUCACCCUCGAGCCUCUGGAGCACGAGUGGAUGAUGUGUUCCUCGGACGGGCGGUGGGCCAGCUUGUCCCCCCUGCUCACGGAAGACCCCGGCCUCAUCCUCAGGAAGGACUUUGUGUCCGGCUUCACCUGCCUGCACUGGGCUGCCAAGCACGGCAAGCCUGAGCUCAUCGCUCUGAUCAUGAACUUUGCCAAGCGUCACAACGUUCCCAUCAGCGUGGACGUCCGCUCCAGCACCGGAUACACACCGCUGCACGUGGCCGCCAUGCACAACCACAUGGAGGUGGUGAAGCUCCUGGUGGGGGCCUACAGCGCCGACGUGGAGAUCAGGGACUACGGCGGGAGGAAGGCCUGCCAGUACCUGACUGACAGCGUGAGUGUGGACAUACGGGACAUAAUUGGAGCCUACGAGGAGUCCGACUCAGACAGAACAGACCAGGGGAAAGGAGGGCGCUGGAGGUUCUCCAAGGUUCUCCAGGCGAACCUGAAGCCCCUCAGGCUGCGCAGCUUCAGGGACUCUGACUCUGUGGACAGUGGGGACGGACCCAGAGAGAAACCCCUCAGGAGGAAGUCAUCGCUCAGCAGGAUGAAGCCCAAACUGCAGAAGCUGCGGGAGAGGACGUCACAGAUUGUCCAGAGCACCUCUUUUCAUGAGACAGAGGAGCUGUCCAUGACGGAGUCCUUCAAGGCCAGACCCAAGACUCAUUUCUGGUGAGUCCAGCACAAACACAGGACAACGUCCAAUAUAGACAACCAGAAACACCAGAAUUACGCUUAUGAAAAAAUAAAUUACCUGGAGUUAAAUGAGUUAUCAUGGAUGUGACAAUAAAUAUCAUGAUAGACUUAGACUGCACUGAUGAAGCUCAGACUGUCUCCUUCCUCAUCCUCGUGGUCCCUGUCUGUCACGUCUGGAAGGAAAAUCUGUAAAUUGGUCUGUAAAGUUUAGUUUUUUUCAUGGGUUAAUGCAGAUGCACAGUUUCUUGGGUGAUUUUGUUGCACUGAUUCAUACCUACUGGUUCAUACUUUUGAAUAUUGGUUCAUACUGAUUAUGUUCAUACAUUAUGUUGAUUAUUUUCCAAAUGUACUUAAAGUAAAACUUCUUCUCACCUCAUCACAUUUUAUAAAUUCAGGCCUGAGUAAUUAAGGUUCAUGUUACUCCACUAACAUGUUACUGUGUGUCUACGUUUGUGCAUUCAAACCUUUUGUCUGUUACUGAUUUGAUCAACUUUUCUGAUAUUUAUAGACACAUUUCUCUAGGCUUAGUUUAAUUACCUUUAGCUUGUUAACAUAAGCUUUAAUAUCCAGGUAAUGCUUGUUUCUAUGGUGCUUUAAUGAUAAAAUGUGAUACUAAAAUAAAACAUGUUUGAACAAAAGUAAAA